UAAUUACUUUAAUAUUAUUGUUUCAUGUAUCUGAGUAUUCGUAUAUACUAUAUAUAGUAAACUAGAGAAUUUCCAGCUCUGCAUGUUUGCCAACAACUAGCAGAUGUUAACCGAAUCUGAAAAAGGGAUCGCGAUUUGGAGUUGGAUUAGUCAUCAAGGAUAAGCCAGGCUCAGAAAUUAGGAGUCUUUGCUGUGGACAAUUAUGAGUUGCAAAUGCUUUGGUGGUGCAGUGUUAAAGAGGAAAAGAAGUAGUUCUGGUCAGACUAGCCAUGAUUUUGAUGGUAAUCUGCCGGAAAAUGUUAGAGGUUUAUCCUACAAUGAAUUGAGAUCGGCGACCAAUAAUUUUCAUGCCAGCAAUAAGAUAGGGCGAGGAGGUUUUGGAAUUGUGUACAAGGGAACCCUAAAAAAUGGAAAGCAAGUUGCUGUGAAGACACUUUCUGCUAGGUCGAAGCAGGGAGUCCGUGAAUUCUUAAAUGAGAUUAACACUAUAUCAAAUGUCCGGCAUCCAAACCUUGUCGAGUUGAUUGGGUGCUGUGUUCAAGGAGCUGACCGGAUUUUGGUCUAUGAAUUUGUUGAGAAUAACAGCCUUGAUCGUGCGUUAUUAGGUGCGAGGGAUAAAACCAUCAGAUUGGAUUGGGAAAAAAGAAAAGCCAUUUGUUUGGGAAUUGCUAGGGGUCUUACAUUUCUUCAUGAAGAACUGAAUCCCCAUAUUGUCCACAGAGACAUUAAAGCUAGUAAUAUACUACUUGACGGCGAUUUAAAUGCAAAAAUUGGAGACUUUGGUUUGGCUAAACUGUUCCCAGACAAUAUAACUCAUAUUAGCACCAGGAUUGCAGGAACAACAGGUUAUUUGGCACCAGAAUAUGCAUUGGGAGGUCAACUGACCAUGAAGGCUGAUGUUUACAGCUUCGGCGUUCUCAUACUUGAAAUAGUUGGUGGCAGAAGCAGUGCCAGGGAAAACUGGGGAGGGACAGAAAAGUUUCUCCUUGAAUGGGCGUGGCAACUCCAUGAAGAAGGGAGACUAUUGGAGCUAGUUGACCCGGAGCUAGGGGAUUAUCCUGAGGAAGAAAUCCUUAGGUACAUGAAGGUGGCAUUUUUCUGCACACAAGCUGCAUCGAGUCGAAGACCACUGAUGGGCCAGGUUCUUGACAUGCUCUCGAGAAAUAUCAGGCUGAAUGAAAAGCAACUUACAGCCCCGGGUUUCUUCAACAACUCAGGGGGGCUUGGAGGACCCUCUUCGAGUAAAAAAUCAUGUGCCGACUCGUCCACCUACAAUAUGAGUUCAGUCCCCGACACAAUUACUCAAGUAAUGCCACGGUGAAGAACAAUGCUACUGCAAUUUAGAUGCAGUCCAGAACAAAUUAUGUGUGGUGCUAUUAGUCCAUAGAGUUUUUUUUUUGAUGGCAAACCAAUAAGUUUUAUAGAAAACUAUUAGUUCAUAGAGUUGGCUUCUACAUUUCCCUUUUCUUUUAGCUAUUUUGCAAAUGGAGAGGGUGGUUUUUAUUCCAGGUAGCGGAUUGUUGGAUUAGGGUGGAUUCUUUUUCCUGAUUUUAGUACAGGUGUAUUAUUACUUCUCAAGGGUGCGACGAAGAGAAAACUGUUGCAUAGUAAUUCAGUGAUUGCUGAUUUUGAUUCAGUGGAAG